AUGACUUCUUCUAACCCUCCUGCUGGUAGAAUCACCCGCACCCAUGAUCAGAUUAUCACCAAAAACAUGGCCAUUGUGGCCAGAAAUAAUAUCCACCUCACUCAUCGUAACAAAGGCAAGACUAAAGUCAAUAAUGAUGAACCUCUCAUCACUGUACCUCCCAUUCCCCCUGUUAUAUUCACUAAUCCUAAUACUACUAACACUAAUACCUCGUUGUCAUCCUCCUCCACUUCUGCCUCUACUGCUAUGCAACCAAUGGUUCCUCCCUCAACCCCUAGCCCCACUAAUAUGAAUAUCAAUGCCAUGAUCUUGGCACUCGCCAAGAUACAUGCAACUAUUUUUAGUACUACUUCUUCUUCUUCAUCUACUACCACUACUUCCACUUCUCUUUCUUCAUCCAUCACUACUCCAGUCAUCCCAUCCAUCACUACUCCAGUCAUCCCAUCCAUCACUGUACCUACUUCCAACAAUGUUCCCAUCCUCCUCUUUGAUAUCAAUAAUGAAUGUACCUCCUCAACCUCCAUUUCAGACACAUACGGCAUACAUACUUACAUCGUGGAAUUAGCCAGGUGCCAUCAGCAUAUCCCACUUUCAAUCCUAACUAUGAAAGUCAUGACUUGCUUAUUCCUAGAACCAUCAACACUUAAAUUUGUUACACAUUAUACCUCCCAUUGCAAUUCCACACCUAUGAAGUGCCACAUCCUCAAUGUUUCCCAGUUUCCCACAGAAUCCUCCAUCUCCAUUGGAGAAUGGCACAAAGCCUGGGCAUGCUUCCUCAAAUUGCUUACAGACUAUGCCUCCCCUGAGAUUCAUGACCAAUGGGCACGUUACCACAAGGACUUACGCGAACAUGCUGACUUUGAAGAACACUGGCCAGCCAUUCUAGCUUUUGACAUGGCCCAAUGA